AUGAGGCAACAGGCCCCACCUCAUGCUGCGGGGUUGCCAAUACAGCAGAAUGUGGCGCUAGCGCCGGUUCAGCCUACGACUAAGAGCAGGUUAAUAAUUGAAGAUUACCCUUAUGCCAACGAUGGUCUUCUCAUAUGGAGCUCUAUCAAACAAUGGGUCACAGACUACGUGAACCAUUACUAUGCUAGCUCAAGCGAGGUAGAGCGUGAUGAAGAGCUACAAGCAUGGUGGACUGAGAUUAGAACCGUAGGUCAUGCUGACAAGAAGGACGCACCCGGGUGGCCGGACCUAAAGACGAAGCAAGACCUCAUAGACAUCGUCACCAACAUAGCAUGGACAGCCUCCGCUCACCACGCAGCUGUCAACUUCGGACAGUAUGCUUACACCGGUUAUUAUUCCUAA